CGAGCGCAUGUGCAUAUCAUCCGCCUUCACCGUAACAUUUGACGGAUCCAGGGUUUCCUGAUGCAGCAGGCGAGUUGGUGUAGACAAUACAUUAAUUUACAAGGUAGAUACAUUACAGCCUACGUUUGCCGGAAUCUGGUGCUAUAGCCUCUCCAUUAAGCUACGCAAUGUUACGUAUUCCCAUACACCAUGGACACCACACUUCCUUGCCCCAGUGAAUAGUAGCAGAACUUCCGCGUUUUCGACAAAUAAACGUAAGUAGGCUACGGGUUUCUCCAUCGUCAAUCUUGUCAUUUGUACAUCUACGGGCUUAAAUGAGCUCCUUGAGUCAAAUACCAAACCGAUUUUUGUUAUUGUUGAGAUGUGAUGUGUGUCUGGGUCUGCUUAUGUAGCUUUUUGAAAUACAGUGUACAAAGGAGCGGACCGUUAAUUGUUAAGUCAUCGCAGAUCCAGGUAUUUUGUAACAUGCUGUAGGCCCAUUGUAGUAGAGGAGAGGUCUACUUUUAUAAAAAAUAUUCUUUUUUAUACAAGUUAGUCCAGUAACUGCCGGAUGUUAUCUGAAUGUAGAGAACGGCUGGCAUAGCCUAAGUCAAAGUGUGAAGUCACGGUGAAGUGGCGAUUUCGCGAACGAGCAACUUUGGUCAUGAUAUCAGGGGGUAAUGCCCAAGUCGAACUUCAGGCCCUUAUGGAAAGGAAGAUGGCAGAUAAAGAAACAACAAGUGAUUCUAAGGAGGCCAAUGGCACCUUGGAACCACUGAGGGGAUGGCCGAACCUCAGCCAUGGCAGCGAGACAACUGGAAACAUGGCUAGAAGCAAGGAAACAACCGUUUGACAAGAAGAAACCUUGAGCAGGCUCUGGCUCAUAAGGGGGGGGACGGACACCCGACUGAAGCCCGCCUGGGAGAGACGUAGAAUAAUAAGGGGCUGAGUGAGGGACAGAGAGAGGAGGACAAGAAGAGGAGAAAAGAGAGGGCAGGAAAAAAGAGGAGCAGGUAUGCAAAUACAGAGUGGAGACACGGAGACACUUGUUAUCAACUCAUCAGAAAUACUUCAUUGUGAAAAUUAUAAUGCUAUAAACAACACAUACAUGAACAAGCUUCUUAUCGUGAGCUUUAAACACCUCAAGAUGUCUACAUACAGUAUAGUCAUGGACAAACCCUAAAUUAAUAUUUAUACAAUUCCACUGUGGAUACCAGGCUCACAAAUAAGGUCAUAGCUCUAUUGCUAGCAGCCAGUCAAUGUUUUAUUGUCACACCUUAAAAUGCUACCCUAUUAAACAGGUUGGGCCAGCCAUUUCUGGCAUUCUCCUGCUAUUUAAUCAACACAUGAAAGUAAAAGGAAUUAGUCUGUCUGCCUGAGUAGAAUCAUCUGUUGACUCACACAAUGAUAUCAUUAUAGGCUAAUGCAGGAAGAAGUUACCUUUAUUUGAUAAAAUGAAUAUUAACAGUUUGUUAAUGACGCAUAUAUCUAGACCUAGAUAAUCUCUGCAUCACUUUCAUCAUCAGAAGUCGUAAUUUCUCUUCUUUGUACCCUCUAUGGGAAGCGUAUGUGUGGGGUCAAGGUUUACGUAACAGGAACGCACAACGAGCUUGGUUUUUAUCAUGUGACAGAAAGAACAAGAAGAACAACUAGGUCUUGUGACAUCCGAAAUUUGAGGCGGAAGUGUUCCAGACGUGGUGGAAGUUGUAAGGCACGAAGGGAAAUAGGACAUCCCAGCACCAUCCUCAGAGAAAAGGGUCUUGUGAGCAUCAGAAUGGAAUGUUGCAUGAUUUUGCAUUUGCCCUGCAGUGCAGUCAUAAUCAAUGCCCCCACAGUGCAUUGGUGCUUAAUACUUUUUAUGUGACAACUUUGUCAACACAUAACCGGGCAAAUCGGCACAACAGCAUCAAUCAGACACUUCUAAGUGCGGCAAGAAUACUAUUGUAUUCAGUCCCAUGUGAUGUGUGUGGGGGCGUAUGAAGAAACCCAGUGUCCAACAUUCUCUGUUGUUUCGUCACUUGGGGACUAAUCUGACUAAUCAUGUACUUUGUUGAGUAGCUGUAGAUUUUCAACCAUUAACUGGAAGUUUGGGUCCCAGGACAAAAAUCAGUUGAUUCUGUGUGGACAAAAGAGCUGUUUAAUAUGAGUUGUGACUACUGUUACUGAGGAACAACACCCUCUGCAUUGCAAGCAUGUAAUAAAUGUUACCAGUGCUGAACGUGUGUGGCUAGAUGGACAAAGUUAGCCAAAAUGUUACUUAAUGAAAAUAAAACAAGAUGUGGUUGGUCAUUUCCAGGGGAAAUUAUUUAUUUGUAUAGAUAAGCUGUUAAUAUCUUAAGUAGUUAAUGAGGGUGUAAGUUCACCCAUAGACAUAUAAAGGCUUAUAUAUCAAAGACUUAUAUAUGUCUAUGAGUUCACCCCCAGCUCUGAACCUAACUCCUCCUUUGGGAGUGGAGAGUGUAAUUUACAUGUAGUUGACAGUAGGUGGCGGUAGCAUUAUGGCUUUGCAGUGUUUUUUGACAUCACUGACCAUGUGGUGAGGGUGUGGUUUGUAUUACAUAUUAAGAUGUAGUCUGUCAUUGCUUAUCAGAACUUUAUCUGGAUAUAUGUACAACAAACUAGUGGGAUGGAAAAAACAUGUGCGUCUGAAAUGUGGAUUGAAUAUGUGGGCUGUGAAGUUUUCUUCACGGUUCUGUGUGGGCUGCCCACAUGAGGUUGAGACUGAGUGGAAUUUAAGCGUCUCCACUUCUGAGGCCAGAAAUGGUUCCACAAGGCUGCCCACAGGUGACCUCGCACUAGGUCUGCAAAAUUACGAGACGUUUUUCAAGUUUUAAAAAUAACACAGCGCAGUACUGCCAGCAGAUGAGAUUUGUGGCAACAGAUUGUCUCCUGAGAAGAAGGGAGCUUUUGUGAGCCACAGAGGAGGACUGCUCACUAGAUCUCAGAGAAUCAGAUCCUCACUCUUAUUUGCUGUGGGGCUUUAGGAAGUGUGAUCAUGCUAAUAGUGUUAACCAUUUGAUCAAAUGAUCCACAGUAUGGACAUACAACUGGCAAUAGGAAUAAUCUUGUGUUUUCAGUCAGGCGGGUAGUGAAGGAUCCAACCAUGAAGCUUAUAGCCUUGAAUGCGCUUUCAAAAGAAUAUUAUGGACAGACAUGUAAUAGUGUUUGCUGGAAUCUGGUCUAUAAGGGUUAAGAGGUGCUGAUAAGGUCAAAACAAGUACACUGAAGGCAUUUUCUUUAUCUUUAUUGCUAUGAAUUUCCUCCAGGUCACAGAAAACAAGGCUUUACUUGUUGAUACUAGGAUACCAAUAACAUACCAUCAUUUAUAAUUUGUGACUAGAAAAUUACGAGUUUGUUACAGAAAAUCCAUUACUAUUUAUUAGGAAAACAGCCAAUUACUUUUCAGAUUUCUCCCAACAGAAGCAUUUUAGUUUGUAACUAACAACUGUAUUUUCAUUUACUUCGGCCCAACAAGUCUAUCCAAAUGUUCUCUAUGUUUUGGUCCUAACCUGAAUAGGACCACACAUCACAUUUUGAAAUGAAAUGUAGGCAGCAGCUUAAAGAUUAGAUAAUAUUCCAAGCUAUUAAGUUAGCAAAUGAAUGAUCAGGAGGCAAGGAAGCUUUGUUUUUGUAUAAGCGACUGAAUAUGUAAACUGAUGAACAUUUGGUGUCUGUGACAGGAAAAAUCCAAGAUCUUAACUUUCUAGAGCAGUCAUCAGGUACUCUGUUAAAUAUUUGUGUUUUUGUUACCAUUAAUGAUAUCAGAGUUUUGGGGACUUGGAAGUAGGAGUGGAUCCAAUGCAGCACACACUUCUCAUAUAGUCAGGGGAAAGCUGCCACCCACACUCCCCCUCCCUAAGGGCGUUCGGUGCACAGAAGCAAAGGGGAAGACGCAUUGACAACAUGGCUGUGCAACCAGACAGACCAACAUGGAGCAAACAGAUAGAGUUCACCCUAGCUGGGAUUGGGAAUGCUGUGGGUCUAGGCAAUGUGUGGAGGUUCCCCUACUUGUGUUACAGAAGUGGAGGAGGGGCUUUCCUGGUUCCUUAUGUCUUCAUGCUGGUGGUUCUGGGAAUUCCACUGCUCUACAUGGAGCUGAUAGUGGGCCAGUACCUGAGGAAGGGACCUGUUCAUGUCCUGGAGAAAGUAUGUCCACUGCUUAAAGGUGUUGGCAUGGCAACUGUAGCCAUCUCCUUCAUCAUGUGUACAUACUACAACGUCAUCAUCACCUGGGCGCUCUACUAUCUCUUCAGCUCCUUUCAGAGUCCUCUGCCCUGGCAGAGCUGUAAUAACACCUGGAACCAGCCCAACUGCACCGACCAUGUCACCAACAGCUCCUACUCCACCACAGCCAGUCAGCAGUUCUUCAAUCAUAAAGUGCUGGAGCGGACGUCGGGGUUAGAGCAGCCUGGGACACUCAGAUGGGAGCUCUUUCUGCUGCUGCUUUUGUCCUGGAUCAUCGUCUACCUCUGCAUCUUCAAAGGGGUCAAGUCUACUGGGAAGGUGGUUUACUUCACCGCUAUCUUCCCCUAUGUUAUACUCUUUGCUCUGCUGAUCAACAAUGUACAGCUGCCUGGGGCUAUGGAAGGCAUUAAGUUCUUCAUUGUGCCUGUGUGGGACAAGCUGCUGUCUCUUGAGGUGUGGAUCAAUGCCGCAGCACAGAUCUUCAAUUCCAUUGGGAUUGGAUUUGGUGGCCUUAUGACUAUGUCCAGCUACAAUUCUUUCAACAACAAUGUUCUGAAAGACACCUUGGCGAUCUCCAUCAUAAACUCCCUGACCAGCCUUCUCGCUGGCUUUGUCAUUUUCUCGGCCUUUGGUUACAUGUCACAUCUGCAAAACAUCCCUGUUAGUGAACUGGCAGUGGACGGCCCAGGGCUUGUGUUUGUUGUGUAUCCACAAACCUUUGUGACCAUGCCUCUGGCUCCCCUCUGGGCCAUCGUCUUCUUCUUCAUGCUGCUGUUGCUUGGUCUGGACAGUGAGUUUGCAAUGGUGGAGGUCAUGGUAACCAGUUUGAUGGAUGGCUACGGUAAACCGCUGCUGAAGUACUUCCGACUGAAGGAGAUACUGGUGCUGAUGGUCUGCAGUACUGCUUUUCUGCUGGGGAUUCCUCAUGUCAUGCAGUCUGGGAUCUACGUGUUCCAGCUGAUGGACCACUACACAGCUAUAGUGUCCAUCAUUUUCCUUGCAUUUUUUGAAGUGAUUGCAAUCUGUGUGGUUUUUGGUGUGAGAAGGCUUUCUGAUAGUCUUAUUGAGAUGACAGGAAAACCACCCUCCAUCUUCUUCAAAGUGUGUUGGUGUAUAGUAUGCCCAAUUUUGAUUGGAGUGAUCCUGGUCUUCUCAGUCAUCCAGUUUAGGCCGGCCCGCUAUGAGGACUAUGUGUACCCAGCAUGGGCUCAAGGAGUGGGCUGGAUGAUCGCCUUGGCCUCAAUCAUCUGGAUCCCGCUGGGAGCCAUACAUACUUUGUGGAUCCUUCCUGGCACCUUCAUGGAGAGAGUACGCAGGUCACUCACUCCCUUUGGUUUGGAAAAGGUUCCAGCCAUCCACCCAGCAGGAAGUGGUGAGUCUCUUCCAGACCUGGCUGUGAAGCUGUGAAGCUGAUGGCUGUUCCGGAAGGCUCUCUGCUAUGUCGAAUCGCGAAACACCAUCACCCUCUAAACAAACUCCUUUUGCUACUACUUUGACUUUUCAUCCGUUUGUUUGAGCGCCUUGCAAAGUGGGGUACUCCUCCCCCACCCCUCCUCACCCAACACCACCCCACUAUUGGUCUGGUAGAUGAUGGAAGACAAUCGGUGGUGUGACUGAACACUACAGAUCUUUUUGUAUCGCUUCAGGUCACACCUCAGCUGUGGAUGACUGUUUGCUGUUCCCCAUUGAGACUGUAGAUGCUGUUGCGUCUCACUGUACAUCCUGCCAUCUUCACCUCAAUCAAGGCUCAAUUGAGGAUGUAGAGGAGCUCAACUGAGGCAGACCUCAGAACAAACUGAGAAUCUAUUACUGUACGCUCGGACCUCUGUGGGCUUGCCGGGGUAUGGAUGGAUAGUUGGUAAAUUAAGAGAGACAGAAAAAAUAAUAUUUUUUUAAAAAUAUUAAAAACUUUACUUUAUGUAUAAUCAGCAAGAGCCAAAUUGUUCCACAGAUUUGAAUACCACAGAUUUGCAACAGAUUUGUUACUGCAGACAUUUAUUUAUAUUUAUUUAGAUAUAAAUUACUCCUGUGCGGAUUUUUGGUAAGAAAUACAUUAAUAUCAGUGCUUUCAAUGGGCCUUUGUAGUUUUGAGUUUAGCUCAUCUUAGCUUAGAUUUUUAUAAGUUGUUUUGUUUUUUACUACGGAAGAAUAGGUAUGUGGUUUUCAAAUGUCUCUUCAGCUGUACUUCUCUUUUGUAACAAUUACAAGUUUCACAGUUUUACAAGAGGAGAUAAGCUAUUCAAAGUCCAAAUGGGAGCUCUCUAUUGGGACGUGACCAAAGGCGCUCUCUCCUCUUGAUGAUGUCUGUGUUAUCUGUUAGCAACCUUGCUUAAACUGAAACUACAACAUGAAUUUUAUAUCACUAAAAAUGUGUAAAUACCAUCAUGGGUGAAGGACUUCUUAAAUCUCUGUACUUUUUAAUUAGAUGCACUAGGAUCAUAGAUUUGUUUGGUUUUAUUUGAUCUGACUUAUUUUGUAUGGUAAGUGAUUAGCGGGCUUUUUUGUAAAGCCUGUGUCUAUAUGGCCUACAACAAUUGUUCAUUUCAACAGUAA